UCGCCUAAAUGCAAGCACCGGCCUUGUGUCAGUGGGAAAUCGCUCCCCCGAGUGAUUUCUAAACUGGGCAGAGGGUUAAUGGGCAGAGGCUGGGGGAGUCUUGAGACAGGGACACCUCUUUGCUGGGCUGGGGGGUUCACUUUCUGCAGGCAACAGGGCAUGGGAAGGGCCAGGAAGGGGAGGGAGGAGCAACUGUCCCACAUGGAGAUGGCCCAGCCCCAGGUUUCCCAGUCCCAGCUACUCCCCCCUCCCCAUCACCUGCUAGUCACAUUCCCAGACCCCACUGCCAGCCCCUCCCCACAGCCAGCGACCUUCUGACUGCAGCCUCACUCCUUUCCCCUGUGAAAAGACAUCACCCAGGGCUCCCUCCUGGCUCUGUGUGUGACUGAGAUCAGGAUUCUUAUACCAAGCAUGGCCCUGUUCUGAUAGCUGCUGCAGAGACCUCAACUGAGAUCUUGGCCCUGUUCUGCCAGGCGCUGAAGAGACCCCAGGCUACAGAAUAACGUCCACGUUUUGCUCCAGAUCCUCCCAUCCUCCCAGGGGGAAGGCAAUGGCUGCAGUGGAGCUGGCUCAGGAUCCGGUGAGUUUCGAGGAGGUGGCUCUGUAUUUCACCAGGGAGGAAUGGGCCCUGCUGGACCCUGUUCAGAGAGCCCUCUACAGAGAUGUCAUGCAGGAGAACUAUGAGACGGUGACCUCGCUGGUAGGGUUUCCAGUUUCCAAACCUGAUGUGAUCUCACAGCUGGAACGAGGGGAAGAGCCGUGGGUCCCAGACCUCCAGGGCUCUGAGAAAGAAGUGCUUCCAAGAGCUGCCUGCACAGGUAGUGAUCUGUGUCUGGAUUCUCUCUGUCUCUCAUCAGGUGAUGGGAUGGUAAGUCAGAAUGAGGAGGAGAAAUCUCAUCAGGAAGAUGCUGAGCAGAGAGAACCACAUGGAACUUUAUCAGGAAGAUCCAAAGGGAAUGUUCCCAGGAGUGGUGCAUGCUCAGAAAAAACAGAAGCCUGUGAGACUCAGGGGAGGCCAGAGGAAAACUUUAGUAGCCUCUCAGACCUUAUAACAAGCGACAGAAUCAACUUGGCAGAGACACGCUACACAUGCCAUGAGUGCAGGAAAAGCUUCAGUUGGAGCUCUCACCUUAUCAGACAUCAGAGCAUCCAUACAGGUGAGAAACCUUAUGGAUGCUCUGAGUGUGGGAAAUGCUUCAUCGAUAGUUCAGCCAUCUCACAUCAGCGAAUCCAUAGAAGAGAAGUGCCCCACACAUGCUCAGAGUGUGGGAAAAGCUUUAGUCGGAGCUCUACCCUGAACACACAUCGUAGAAUCCACACAGGGGAGAAGCCCUACACGUGCUCUGAGUGCAGGAAAAGCUUCAAUCAGAGCUCCACCCUUGUCACACAUUAUAGAAUCCACACAGGAGAGAGGCCCUACACAUGCACUGAGUGUGGGAAAAGCUUUAGUCGGGGCUCAGACCUUAUCAAACAUAGGAAAAUCCAUGUGGGUGAGAAACCUUAUGGAUGCUCUGAGUGUGGGAAAUGCUUCAUCGAUAGUUCAGCCCUCAUCUCACAUCAGCGAAUCCACACAGGAGAGACGCCCUACACAUGCUCUGAGUGUGGGAAAAGCUUUAGUCAGAGCUCAGACCUUAUCAGACAUCAGAGAAUCCACACAAGAGAGACGCCCUACACAUGCUCUGAGUGCGGGAAAAGCUUCAAUCGGGCCUCAAACCUUAUCAGGCAUUGUAGAAUCCACACAGGAGAGACGCCCUACACAUGCGCAAAGUGUGGGAAAAGUUUUAGUCGGAGCUCAAACCUUAUCAGACAUCAGAGAAUCCACACAGGGGAGAAGCCCUACACGUGCUCUGAGUGCGGGAAAAGCUUCAAUCGGAGUUCUACCCUGAUCACGCAUCGUAGAAUCCACACAGGGGAGAAGCCCUACACAUGCUCUGAGUGCGGGAAAAGCUUCAGUCAGAGCUCUACCCUGAUCACGCAUUGUAGAAUCCACACAAGGGAGAUGCCCUACACAUGCUCUGAGAGCGGGAAAAGCUUCAAGCACAGCUCAAACGUUGUCUCACAUAGGAGAAUCCACAUGGGGGAGAGUGUGGGAAAAGCUCUGAGUGCGGGAAAAGGUUCAGUCAUUGCUCAAGCCUCAUUAGACAUCAGAAAAUCCACAUGAGAGAGAAUUGUAAUAAAUCCCUUGACUAGGGUUGGCCAAAAAAUUUAAAAAAAAAAAAAUCACAUUUGCUAAUUCCCACAGUGAGUUUUGCAUCAUCUUCACCGUGGUCUCUCAGCUCCACCAGAUAAGUUGCCGCCUUCUGCCUUUUGCACCUCAUCCUUCUUUGUGGUCAGUCCUGUGAUCUUUUCUAUCAUCUCCUUUCCUUUAGAGUCAUAGGAAUGUGUGUCCCUCCUGCCAGGAAUGUUCAUCAGCUCCAGGUGGGGGAGAGAGGUUUGAUCCCAACAAGGUACACUGAGGCAAAAACUACCUGUGCCUUCCAUCCACUAGGACUGUACAUGGUGUUGGCUGCUCAAGUUAGUGAUCUUGGUGUAAAAAGUUGUAGUGCAGAUGCAGCCCCAGUGCAGUGGUUGGCAUUAGCUUCCCCCUUGGCCUGACCUAAACUCCAUCACUUUUCCUAGUCUAAACAAACCCUGAGCAUCACGGUUAUCCUGUUCCCCCAUUUCAAAGCAAUUGUUAGUCAUUAAGUUCUCCCUUGGGGAACAAAUUGUUUCAUUCCCAAUUCUUCUGAUGUUGCUUCAGGUUGUGCUGGGGAGCAGAUAUUUUUAUUAUCAUUUUCCGCACUUAAAAUAUAUUGAACUAUAACAAAGAGCAGGAACAGGGCAGGGAUAGAGAAAAAUGUCAUUUCACCCAUUGUAACAACAGACGUAGUUAGGGUAAGUCAGAGGGAGUCCCUUAUUCCCCAUCACUAUCCUCCUUCAAUCCGUGCUAGAACCUAAGAAUCCCUUUCCUUUCCCCAGUUGUGGGAUGAGAGACUUCCAAAAGUGCUCCCUGUGCUAUAGCACAUGGCUAAGCUCAGAGAAUAAACCCUAAAUCUCCCCUGAGCUUUGCUUUUUGAAUUCUGUAUUUCCGAUUACUUCAAGCCUGGGCAUUGUGAUUAUUUACCAGUUUCUCUAGCGCUGUUCCUACCACUGUUUCUGUAACAUUUUUUUGUUUUUUACAGGACAGGGUUGUUAUUCCUUUGCCUAACCCCAACCUGGAAGGCCAGGGUGUCUGUUUUCUCCGGCCCCUCCCCACAGACAAAUCUGACAUGGUUGAACCUGCCAGGAGCAAACAAAAAGCCCCACUAGUCACACACACAAAGCAGAUAGACACACACAAGACACAGAAGAAACUGAAUUAUUUGAGCUAUCAGCAUUUCCACUUUCCCACAGCAUGUUAGUUCUGAAGGUUGUUUUAAUUUGUUUCUUUUCUUGGAACCAGAACUGGGGAAAGAGAACACUGGAGUCAGUGGAAUUACAGCAAGAAGGGAUAAGUCUCAUGAUUCAUCACUAACCAAAGGCUUUGUAAACAGAGCGAUAAUGUUACUGAAUGGUCUGGCUAACUCUGCAGUUAGAAACAAUCAGCUCUACGGGUGAUAAAUUGACAGAGGCUCUGCUGCUGAUCGUGAAAUAGCAGCUGUUGAAAGGUAAUGUGCUUCUAUUUCAAUGCCUCUGGAAGUACAGAAAACAAUGAUCUGUGUUAAAGGCAAGUUGCCAUUUCUCAGAGCCCCAAUUUCUAUUGUGUGUGUACAGGAAGGUUUGAAUGUGUAGCAGGUACUUUAGUAAAGCUUAGCUAUUUUAUGUGUGUAACAGGCUCCUGCCCACCUCCAGCAGAGGUUUCAGUCACAUGCUAUGGCAACUUACUGAACGUCACACAAAUUAGUCCAUUCCUCCCCAUAUUCAGUCUCUGACAGGAAUGUUAGAAUGAGGCAGAGAACUGGGAAAGUAUCGCAGUAGGACUACAUUAAAAAGUGGGAUUAAUCAGAGCUGGGGUGCAGACAGAGCCUGUUCUACAGCUGGUGAAGUGACAGGGACACACUCCCACUAGUGCUGGCUCUGAAAUAACUGCAGAAGCAGAUUGAAGAGAAUGAGCUCAUGUGGGAGCUAUGGGCAGCUGCCCUGUCAGUGCAUCACUCACCUGGCAGGUGUUACACAAAACACAGCACUUCCCCUCUGGAAGAGAAACACUUCCCCCCACUGCCACCACUUCAUUAUACUGUCCGUGAGGCAGUUUGUCCUGCAGGACUUUGAUCUCUUUGGGUGGUCCAUAGUGAUUCAUAAAAGAGCUAUUAGGGGAGCAGGAGUCAUCCCAAUGGAAAUCUCUUCACUUCUUUCUCAGUGUUACCUUCUUAGCCCUGCCUUUGGAGAUGACCUUAGCCUUGUCCUGUCUUGAUUUUAGGUAGGAUUUUGAUCACCUUCUGGGGCUUGGCAGCUUAGAACUUUUGAGGGCUUUUCUCUGCCUUUUUGGUCCCCGCUGCAGUCAGUACAUGCUAGACAUGUUCAUGGUGACCUUCCUGAGGAUCUUGACCGCUUUAGCCAGCUUCUUGGGGGCUAUUUUCCUGCUCACAGCCACUGUCGUCUUCUCAUGCCUUGUCCUGGGGGCCCAGCUGCUGGUUGAAUGUGAAGGAGCCAAAGUGCUGGGGACUUUAGCCCGCACCAAGUUGCCUUUGCGCGUCAGAGUCCUGGACCCCAAAUGGACGUGAUUCUUGUUCUUCUGCACAGCACAGCCCUGGAGAAGAGGGAUCUGCAAAUGUACAUUCAUAUGACCCUUUGUUUAAUGGAUGAAAACAUAAACUCUUCACUUAGAGGAUUGGAACUGAUUUUAGCUGAUGGACAGGUUUGCUAGGUUUUUAUGCAUUUAGACAGUGAAAUGUUGAGUGUUUACAUUCAUUUCAAGCGUCCCCAUAUAGUGGAGCUCCUGAACAUAAUGGAGAACGGAAAAGAAAAUCUUUUCCCUUUUUUCAAAAAUAAAAAAAAAUAAGAGGCUUAUUAGAGGGCACUUGGAUUUGAAGCAAGGACCCCUUAAUCUGCAGUCAAACACUCUACCACUGAGCUAUACCCCCAUGAGAGCAGAUACUUUCCCCAUUGUAGCUGAAGCACAUCAGUGAUUCCAAUAGCAGGGGCAGGUUCUCUCUGGGGCACAGAGAUUUUUCGGGGAGUUGGUGGCUCCUUUCUUUCCUCACCCUGGAGUAAACUCAGCUUUUUAUUC